AUGGGUACUUUGCGGCGACAAGGAGAGGAAGAGGAUUUAUGCGGCGGGCAAUGCGCGAGGACGAUGAGUGUAGGAGGGUGUGGGGAUUGUUUGACGACGGCAUAUGCGAACGCGAAGCAGUGCUUGCUGGAGACUGAGGGCUUGUUUGGAUUUGGAGGGGGUGAAGGAAAGUUAGCGGAAUCUAGGAGAAGUUAUGGGAAUGUAAGUUUGAGGACGCUGAGGAUUGAUGGGUCCUUUGCGGCGGCAAGGAGAGGAAGAGUUUAUGUGGUGGUGCAAUGUGUGAGGACGGUGAGUGUAGGAGGGUGUAGGGAUUGUUUGACGACGUCAUAUGCAAAUGCGAAUGAGUGCUUGCCAGAGUCCGAGCAGAGGGCGGUGAAUGCUAUGUUUUAUGAGUUCAUUGAGAGAAUAGGUCAACAGAAUUUCAAGGACCAGGUAUUCUUCCCUUUACAAGCUUCCAAUGAUAACCUUUUAAUUUUCUUUUGUACUGGUGAUAUAUUGGGGGCAACAGAAUUCCAUGAUCUUAACUUCCAUUACAAUGAUCUGAAAUCUGCUACAAAAAAUUUUAGUGAAGAAACUAAACUUGGCAAAGGAAGCUUUGGAGAUGUAUAUAAAGGUGUUUUAAGUAAUGGUAAGCUUGUGGCUGUUAAGAAAUUGUCAAUAGCUCUGCCCAAGGCGGGUUUUGAGAGCGAAGUGAAGCUUAUAAGCAAUGUUCAUCAUCGAAACCUGGUUCGCCUUCUUGGAUGUUCUAGCAAGGGUCCUGAUUUGCUGCUCGUGUACGAGUACAUGGCAAAUAGCAGCUUAGAUAAAUUCUUAUUUGGUGAAAGACUUGGAACUCUCAACUGGAAACAAAGAUUUGAUAUAAUUCUUGGCAUGGCUAGGGGGCUAGCAUAUCUGCAUCAAGGGUUCCAUGUCUGCAUUAUACAUAGAGAACCUAGCAAUGUGUUACUGGAUGAUGAUUUCCUGCCAAAAAUUGCGGAUUUCGGGCUUGCAAGGCUUCCACCUGGUGAUCAAAGUCACCUCAGUACCAAAUUUGCUGGAACGCUGGGUUACACUGCACCUGAGUAUGCUAUUCAUGGCCAGUUAUCUGAGAAAGUUGAUACAUACAGCCAUGGAGUUGUUGUCCUGGAGAUAAUUAGCGGAAGAAAGAUCAAUGCCGCAGGGCUUGAACAUGAAGCUCAAUACCUCCUUGAAUGGGCAUGGAAACUAUACGAGAGUGGUGAUUCAAUCAUGCUAGUCGAUGAAUCCAUUUGUUUCGAUACACAUAACAUAGAUGAAGUAAUGAGAAUAAUACAAAUAGCUCUAUUGUGCACUCAGUUGACAGUUUGUUUGAGGCCGACAAUGACUGACGUAGUAGUAUAUCUCCUGAGUGAAAGCAGGCCUCUUCUACAUCCCACGAAGCCUACCUUCGCUGGUGUCGAUGGCGGUUCUGAUAAAAAUGCAUCGACAGCAACAGUUUCCUUUGUUCAAGUUUCUGCCAAGUGAAUACUGUUAUGCAGUGUAUCUUGCAUAUUAUUAGUACAAAUAUAUGCACACAUAAUAAGGAUAAACAUUAUAAGGUGGGAAGGAGAAUUUGUAUAUGUGUGUGUGUAUAAUGUGUAUGAAGAUACCAUGUCUGAUUCAGUGUAUACAUACAUUAUCUACUGGGAUUGUGAAAAGUAUAUAUAUUGCUGCAUAAGGACUACUUAAAAGUUGGAAAUAAAGUGAAGGUGGAAGAAAUAUGGAGGGAUCCUAUGUUACCUGGUACUUGUAUCGUGAAGCCGUACUCGUACCCGAUACUCACCCAUGCGCAAGCUUUAUGGACAC